UGAAAGGAGGUAGAAGAGGUUCACCUUCCCACCUUGUCAUUGAUCUUUCAAUCUGGCCCAUGACUUAUGGUGUUUGGCGAGGCGUGCGUGCCCCACCCUCCGUGUCCCUGCCUUCUGUUCCGAUGGGCGGGCGCAUCCUGCCAUCCUCCUAAACACGCGUCCACUGAUCGCCCAAUCGGCCACCGUUUAUCAGUGGAUGGAUCCGAAGCUAAAGUUGCAGAUCUGGAUCACAGAUCAGGCUGGCUGAACUUCAUUAUUACUUUGACAUAUCUCGCAAUCUUCCGUGUGCAAUCCAGAGUAACGAGCCCUUCCUCCCCGCCUUAAACCAAAGAGCCCGUGGGGCGGUUCCCUCCAGCUAGUUCCCGCCGUUCCCACCGUCAAUAUGGAGGCCACGGUGGAUGACCAACUCUCGUUGAUCAACCUCGAAUCGCCGUCUUCGCCUGAAUCUCCCGAGACCGAGAUGGAACACGUGCAGACCGAAUCAGAGGCUAUAAGUCUGGACGAAAGUCCGGAAGCGGUUCUCGGGACCGAUGCCACCCCUGAGGCCACCAUUCAAAGCCUGACCCUCAAGGUUGAAGCGUUGGAGCGGACCUUAGAUGAGAGUAAGAGCGAGGUAGCCGUGGCCGAGUGUCUCAAGGAUUCGGUCAUUCACCUGGAACGGGUCAAAAAGUCCCAAGAUGAGGAGCUGGCCACGCUUCAGCAACUUUUAAACGAGGCCCACGAUGAGGCCUCGUCCAAUCGGACCCGAUUCGAGCACGAACUGGCCAAGAUCCGCGCCAUCAAGAACCAGUUGGAGCACGAGAAUCAUGAGCUCAAGAUCUCACUCAAGUUGGGACGAGGCGGGAGUGUGAGCGCGGCCAUGGGUCAAGUGGGCGUGAGUGAUGGGAGUGUGCUGGAUAAAGAAACGAUUUCCCAGAUCUCGGAUGCCACGCGGUCAUUCGCUCGACGCAUGAGGAGCAAUAUCCAGACCGCGGUCAUCCGACCCAGUUCCUCCAAACCCGAAUUGGAUGACAACAUGAAGCGGGCCUAUGAAGACACGGAGCUGCUCAAAUCCAUUGUCGUACCACUGGAGGAGCAGAUCAACGCCCUCAAGGACAAAUUGAGAGAGACGGACUCGCUCUUACGCGAGCAAGAGAGUCGGCAAGGUCAAACCCUGUUAGGAGUCGAGGCCAUGGCCCAAUGGCUGAGUGGUCGAUCUCUGGAGGAGGCCAUGGCCGGAUUGGUGGAAAAAUCCAACGAUCCUGAUCUGCUCUCUACCCGCGAUCGCCUCAAAGAAGAUCUCUAUGUCGGCCUCUUGAGUACGCGAUAUAGCCUCUUGAAUUCCGAAUUGGCCGGCCUGAGACGCGAACAUGCGGAAACCGUAGAGCUUUUGUCGAAGGAGCGAUCGUGCACCAAGAAACUCCGACAGGAGUCUGUGAUCAAUAGCAGUGAUCUGGUUCGACUGCAACGCGAACAUCUCGGUGAAGUCACUCGACUGCAAGCCGUGCUCUCUGAGGAACAAAUGCGAGAGAUUAUGAAACCACAGAGUCCUGCCACCCACCUCAAUGAUAAUAGCGCCAUUAGUACGCUGCCCGAAGAUUCGAGUCCAGCGGAAACGAUCGGCGUUUCUGACCUCGAUGUCAAACCACCACCACUCGACACUUCCAAUUCCAAUUCGACUUCCAAUUCAAGCGUGGAUUCCAGUCCCGUGCAUGACAAUGUUUCCGGCAAGUCGGACGAUUCAUUAAACAUGGCCCGCAUUGUGAGCAGUGUUGAGUGGGACGAUAUGCAAAAGGAGCUGAGCAAAGUUCGAGCUUUAUUGGGCGUGGGAGCAGGUGAUUCCGUGGUGGGCUCGGAUCAAUAUAGAGAGCUUCAAAAGGAGUUGAUCGAGCUGAAGAAACAGAAGGCCGUGUUGGCCAAGAGUGAGGCCAAAUCGAAGCAAGACCUGCAAAACGAGGCGGCGUUUCGACGAGAAGCCGAACAAUUGUGGAAUGAGCGCUCCGAGUUCCAUAAGACCGAAACCGAAGGCUUGACGCAACGAAUCCAGGAGCUCGAAGGAUUGUUGGAACAAGUUCAGUUGCGAUACAAUACCACGCACGAGUCCACGCGAAAAGACUUGCUUUCGCUAACCACAGACCGUGAGAAGAUUGUGAGAGAGCUCAAGCGAUUGCAGGAUGAAGUGGAUCUCUUGGUCGGGAAACACCACUCCCGAGCGGAAGAAAUGCAAAAUGAGAUGAUCAACUUACCCGAAAAGACGGAGGACAUGCAUUUGUUGCUCUUGAAAUACGGCGAGGAUCUGAUCACCACCAAGGUGGCCAAAGAAAGAUUAGAGGAGAGGAUGCGGAGUGAAGUGGCUUUCUUGAAAUCACAAAUCAUUGGUGAGCAACAAGCCAAGGAGAGCAUUGAAGACCAACUGAAUACGGAAAACGAUGCACUUAAGGAAGAGUUGAGCAAGCACCAAAAAUGCAAGAAGGAGCUUGAGCGUGAGAAGUUAAGGCGACGGGAAAUGGAGGGAGAUCAAGAAAGGCAAAUCCAAACUCAGGCCCACCUCCAAACCCAGAUGGAGGCGCACUUGAAAGAGAAACAGAAUCUAGAACGGCAGCUAUUGGAGAUGAAGAACAAAAUCCGAAAUCUUCAGCAAGAGCUGGACAACACUGUGGCCGUCCAAACGGACUUUGUGCGAUUAUCUCAGAGUCUGCAAAUGGAACUAGAGAAGAUUCGCCAAUCUGAAAAGGAGGUCCGAUGGCAACAUGAAGACGAUGUGGACGCUUGUCAGACUUGCAAGAUCAGCUUGAACGCCACCAAACGAAAGCACCAUUGCCGUCAUUGCGGCAAGAUCUUUUGCUCCGAAUGUGUGCGUAAGAGCGUUCCCUCUGGGCCCAAGCAACGGCUGUGCAAGGUGUGCGACGUGUGCCACACGCUUCUAAACCAAAAUUCGGCUCCAUAUUUCUCCACUGAGGCGCCCCAGGUUUCGUGAGCCGCCAACGAAUGAUCGCCCGUUUUGUGAUACUAUCUAGCGUAUUUUUCUCCUCCCUUUUUUGUGCCUAGUUAUUUUUGUAUUUCUAGUCGUGUCUUUAAAGUCAUGUGCACCAAUCCUACUACUUACGUUAAAUAGUGAUUGGCUCCAUGAUCACACUACCACCACCAACACACAUCUAUGUAUAUGAAUCUAAUAAAUUGACACUUUAUAAUCACCGACCUCUUUGUGGCGGUUUUCUCCAUCAGAUUUUUAGAUACGUCUUUGCCCUUGUUCCAG